AUGUCUCAGAAUCAACGGGAGGCCUGGGAGCGAGUGCAGCUCAUGCUGCAAAGGCGCAAGGGUGGUUUUGGCGGAAUUCCCGGUGGUGGCCGCGGUAGCGGCAUGGGUCUUGCCGGUCUCGUCCUGCUCGGCGUGGGCGGCUGGGCGAUUUCGAAUUCGCUGUUCAACGUUGAUGGUGGUCACCGUGCGAUCAAGUACUCUCGAGUGGGUGGUGUGAAGAAGGAGAUCUUCAGUGAAGGAACUCACUUCCGGAUCCCCUGGCUCGAAACCGCUAUUAUUUACGAUGUCCGCGCGAAGCCGCGCAACAUUGCUUCCUUGACCGGCACCAAGGAUUUGCAGAUGGUCAACAUCACCUGCCGUGUCCUGUCCCGUCCCCGAGUCGAUGCUCUGCCGCAGAUUUACCGUACCCUCGGCCAGGACUUUGAUGAGCGUGUUCUGCCCUCAAUCGUGAACGAGGUUCUGAAGAGUGUGGUCGCUCAGUUCAACGCCAGCCAGCUCAUUACGCAGCGUGAGAAUGUCGCUCGUCUGGUUCGAGAGAACCUGGCUCGCCGCGCUGCACGCUUCAAUAUCGCCCUUGAUGAUGUCUCCUUGACUCACCUGACCUUCUCCCCCGAAUUUACCGCUGCUGUCGAAGCCAAGCAGGUUGCCCAGCAGGACGCUCAGCGUGCCGCUUUCGUUGUCGACAAGGCCCGCCAGGAGAAGCAGGCGUUCAUCGUGCGCGCCCAGGGUGAGGCUCGCUCGGCCGAGCUGAUUGGUGACGCGAUCAAGAAGAGCAGGAGUUACAUCGAGCUGCGCAAGAUCGAGAAUGCCCGUCAGAUCGCACAGAUCUUACAAGAGGCUGGUGGCAAGAAUAAGCUGUACCUGGACAACCAGGGCUUGGGUCUGAAUGUCAAUGUGGCUACCGAGGAUACCAAAUAA